CCUAGGGUUUUAGUAUAUAUAUUACCGCCUCCAUUAGGGUUUCUCAGAGCCACACGGGGGUUUGCGAGCUUCAUCGGCAGAAGAAGCGUCCUCAAAAUGCCUAAGCAAAUUCAUGAAAUCAAGGACUUCCUUCUAACUGCCAGAAGGAAGGAUGCACGUUCUGUGAAGAUCAAGAGAAGGAAAGAUGUUGUGAAGUUCAAGGUUCGUUGCUCCAAGUAUCUCUAUACACUGUGUGUGUUUGACCCGGAGAAGGCUGACAAAUUGAAGCAGUCCCUUCCCCCAGGUUUGAGCGUGCAAGAACUGUGAAGAUGUAAAGCCGGACCGAGUUAGUUGAAAGAGCAGCCAUUUUUCGGCACCUUUUUUUGGUUGAGUUGUCCUUUUUAAUUUCCUAGCUAAAGGGACAUAUGGUGCUCAUUGGUUUUGGGUUUUCAUACUAUUAAAAUUGUUGGGUUUAUGUGGGACCUGAAACAUGUAGAACUGAUUCCUUUCCCUGAAUCGUGGACUAAUCUUGCCCGGAUUUGUUUUUUAAUUGAUUCUUAUUGAGGGGGGUUUACAUUUUUA